GGCCAAAGGCGUCGUGAACCGAACAGUGACAAACAAACAGCACCGAAACUGUGAGCGAUAAAAGAUAGACAGAUAGAGAGAGAUCUCCAUUCUCUCUUCCUUGGAAGUCCAACAAAUCCAUUUCACAAGAGGAGAAGAAAAAGAAGCUAUAUAUUUCCGUAAUGGCAAUGUCUGUUCAUCUCAGAAUUCUGUGCUCUUCUUCUCUCUCGUUUUAACCCUUUCUUCUCUUCUGAUUAUAAUAUAACCCGCUGCACCGAAAAGAGAAAACUAAACUCAAACUAAAGAAAAAAGAGAAUAAUAACGAAUCCAGCCCUAAAAAUUAGUGCAGCUUCUCUGGAGUAGGGUAUGCGUUGAGUUCCUGUGGAGAAAGAGAUGUAUCACCGGCAGUCAUUGGGGGAUUAGGCGAGUUAACGGCAGUUUAGGAAAAAGAUUAAGAAAAAGAAAUGGACGACCUCUGCAAGGUUGAAGAUCUCGAGUGAUAAUGCGGUUUCUAAGCAGAUCACGUCAAGUUGCUCGGGAUCCAGCUUGAAACCGGACAAGUUGUUGAUUAGCUUUCUGUACUUUGAUUGAUCCUGUCGAUAUAUUACUGAUUCUUUACACUGAGAAUCAGCUCCGCUCUGCAUGUUAAGCAAUGCAAAAGAACCAACCUAUAACCAACAAGGAGUAUCUUGUAAUGUUGAAAUUAUUGGCGUAAAAAGAGGAGUUUUAGGUCGAUUGGGAGGUGAGGAUGGCGUCUUCAUGGGAGCAUUUUGGGGAGAUUGCGAAUGUCGCGCAGCUGACGGGACUAGAUGCUGUUCGACUGAUUGGUAUGAUAGUCAGUGCGGCAAACACAGCGCGAAUGCACAAGAAGAACUGUAGGCAAUUCGCACAGCAUCUUAAGUUGAUUGGGAACUUGCUGGAGCAGCUCAAGAUCUCGGAGCUGAAGAAGUAUCCAGAGACACGGGAGCCACUAGAGCAGCUUGAGGAUGCGCUGAGGAGGUCUUACAUCUUGGUAAACAGUUGCCAAGAUCGUAGUUAUCUCUAUUUACUUGCCAUGGGGUGGAACAUCGUUUACCAGUUCAGGAAGGCGCAGAAUGAGAUUGAUCGAUACCUGAAAAUCAUCCCCCUCAUCACUUUGGUGGACAAUGCUCGAGUCAGGGAGAGAUUGGAAGAUAUUGAGAGGGAUCAACGGGAAUACACAUUAGAUGAAGAGGACAGAAAGGUGCAAGAUGUUAUUUUGAAACCAGACGCCCCGUCAAAUGCUGCUGUUGUCUUGAAGAAAACUCUUUCUAGUUCUUACCCGAACUUGGCUUUCAAUCAAGCAUUGCAAAAGGAAAAUGAAAAGCUUCAUCUUGAGCUACAGAGGUCGCAAGCAAGUUAUGAUGUGAGCCAAUGCGAAGUAAUUCAGCAUUUGCUUGAUGUUACUGAAGUGGCUGCAGCAAAUUCUCUUCCAGAGAAGGGUUCUCCCAAGAAAGGCUCCAAGAAAGUAGAGUGCAAUUCAUAUGCCAAUAGUGAGAAUGAUCGUUCAUUUUAUGAGAGUUCUCCCAAGAAAGGUGAUACUCGCACAACCUCAAGAACCACAUCUUCAGUUUCAUCUGGACAUGAUCUUCUCUCAAGGAAAGGAUCACAUCGUCAUGAAGAAUGGCACACUGACUUGCUUGAUUGCUGUUCAGAACCUUCUUUAUGUAUAAAGACAUUCUUCUAUCCUUGUGGCACACUUUCGAGGAUUGCUACUGUGGCAACUAACAGGCACAUGUCUUCAGCAGAAGCAUGUAAUGAAUUGAUGGCAUAUUCAUUAAUAUUAUCAUGCUGUUGUUACACUUGCUGUGUAAGAAGGAGGCUUCGCAAGAUGUUCAAUAUCACGGGAGGAUAUGUUGAUGAUUUCCUAUCACAUGUAAUGUGUUGCUGCUGUGCACUUGUCCAAGAAUGGCGAGAAGUGGAAAUUCGUGGAGUUUAUGGUCCUGAGAAGACAAAAACAAGCCCUCCACCCUCACAAUUCAUGGAAGCUUAAGUGAUUGGAUAUAAGCUUUUGUGAUUGAUAUACGUCAUAGGUAAUGGCUGGUUGCCAGAGUUAAAUGAAACCUGUACUGGGAUUUCUUCCUUGCCGUGAUUUCACCAUAUGUAAAGCUAGUUUUAUAUUGGUGUCUAGAUUCGUCACAUGGUGUAUCAUAAACUAUAUUGAUAUAUAUUUUUUCUAAAUGUUUACUCCGGUGUCCUAUAAUUUCUCUGUAAAUGGAUUGCCUGAAGUAUCCUAUUGUGUAACGGAGGCAUGAGUAGGGUGUGGGUACUGCAUUAUAGACGGAAAGAUUACUGCUGCUGCUUAUACUUCCCGAGUAUCUUGACUGAUUUACAGGAUUUCAUUUGUACAAAAUGUUUAUGGUGAUCCCUAGUCAGUCUAACAGCUAUAGACUCCAUGGAUGUAGAUUAUGAAUGAUAGUAUUUCGAAUUGCAAAGUGGUGCAUCAACA